GAAAGGAAAAAUGGGGGAAGGGCUAAACUUGCCUUAUAGCCAAUAAUAAUUGUACAGACCCAGGAAGGAAGUAGAAUCCGCCUAAUAUGUGUUCUCGCUUCCUCAUUCCCAACGUUUAAACGAAUUUCGUUGUGAGAAUUCGAUAACAACACACCAUACUUUAAGACACCGUGCCAAACCCAUGAAAAGAUGGGGUAUAUGGUGGUGGCGGAACACACUUCCAGUCUCUUGCAUCUGAAGAGAUUGCCUGGAAUUCGCUCCUGGUCACUACUAGUUGGUAUAUCCUCUGUUGGUCUGGCUGCAGCAUACUACAGCACAGACAGUGUGCUAUGGAAGCUGUUCUAUGUGACAGGAUGUUUCUUUGUGGCUAUGCAGAACAUGGAUGAUUGGGAGGAGGCAAUAUUUGACAAAUCCAGAAGUGUGAUAGAGCUCAAGACGUUUAGCCUGUAUGCCAAGAUACUGACUCUGUGGAAGAGAGGUCAGGAGAAAAUGAUGCUAGACAUGCAAAAUGUGAGAGAUGUGUGUGUGGAAGAAGAGAAAGUGCGGUACCUGGGAAAAGGUUACCUGGUCACGUUGCGAAUGGCCACGGGCUUCUCACACCCACUCACUCAGAGUGCAACUCUGGGUGGACGCAGUGAUGCAGAUUCAACUGUUGCCCUGCUGAAGCGCUUCCUGGGGUUCGAGGAGUUGCAGCGCCGCUGGCAACAAGAGGAAGAGUGUGAUGACAGCAGUGAUUCAGAGGAUCUCGAUGAGCUUUGAGCCUUUAUUUGUGUUGUUACCAUUGCACCCUCUGUCUGCCACUCAAAAGUUCAAUCAGUUUACAAGCAUGAGGGACUUCUGACUACUGUAAAACAUUUAACCAUUUAUCUUCUACUCCUAAAACGGACUAAUGUAAGGAUUAUGUUCGUCACAGGCAGGUCCUGUUUUGUAUCUUGUUUAUAGAUUUCAGCUGAAUGAAGCGUGAGUACAUGCAUUCCUUUUUUUCAAAUAUGUAAGUGGGAGAUUGGCCCAGGAGCAUUGACAUUAGUUGUGUGGGUAUGUCACUUUCUGGAGGUUGACAUAGAUGUUGGCAUUGUAAUGGAAUGUGACUUUCGGAAGAUGAAGCAUACACAUAUAUAAGAUCAACCUAACAAUAAAUCAAGUCAUCAACACUGUA